AUGGAAAAUGCUCUGCUAUUGAUCGCGGCACCGGUGACCACCAUGUCGUCGUCGGCCACGCCCGAGAGCGCCAGCCAGGAGACCAAGCAGGAGGAGCCGACGGAGCCGCUGCUCAAGUACGAGCGCGUGGGCGGCCACUUCCACGCCAUCUUCAAGGACGACUCGCUCAGCUGCAUCGCGCUGCACGUCAACUUCGUGUGCGCCGGCACGUACGGGGGCAACGUGCUGCUGCUGGAGCUGGACGGCCGCUUCAUCCGCCGCCUGCACCAGCACUACAAGAAGGUGAACCAGGUGUGCAUCGAUGAGACGGGCCAGUUCAUCGCCUCCUGCUCGGACGACGGCACGGUGGCCGUCUACACGCUCUUCCCCUCUACGUCUGCAGGCGCUGGAGCUUCGGACAUCAGUGGACACAAGCACGCCAGCAACCAGGGCAAGGACGCGGCGGCGAGACAGAUCUCCGUGUCCAGCACAGGCGGAGAGGUCAACAUCUACAACUACUUCAGCGCCGUGUACGCCGUGCAGCUCGAGGACAGAUACGCGAUGAAGCGCGAGAAGAGCUUCGCGUGCGGUGGAGUGGGGGGUCAGCUGAUCAUCAACAAGAAGGGCUGGAUCAUUGACAAGGAGAGCACGGUGCAUGAAGGAGAGGGCCCCGUGCAGCUCAUCCGCUGGAAGGACGGGCUCGUGGCGUGGGCGAACGAUUGGGGCGUGAAGGUCUACGACUCGGACAAUGAUCAGCGCAUCACGUACAUUGAGCGGCCGCCCAAUUGCCCGCCGAUGGAGCUCUGUCGCUGCCAUCUCGAGUGGCAGAGCAACGAUGUGCUGCUGGUAGCAUGGGCGCAUACGCUGCGUGUGGUGACUUUCAAGAAGGGGCACUCAGGACAGCCAGGAUCGCCGACGUCGGCUGCCGCGUUGGAUGCAGUAGAGAAUUCAUCGGGAACUAUUACGGCGGAAGUGGUGGCGCUGCUUACGUUCGACUUUUUCGUUACAGGCAUCAGUCCGUGGGGUGGUGGCUCAGUCGUGUCGGUGCUGGCGUUUCGACCUCCGGGGUCUGGAUCGUCAUCUACAGGGCCAUCGAUGUCUCAAGGAAAGUCGACCAAGAUUGAAGGCGAAGGAGAGAGCGGCGAGAUGCCGUACCCUGAGGUUCACGUUGUGCGGUUGGAUGGUAAACAAGUUAGCGCGGACUUGCUGAAUCUCAAGGGCUACCAGCGCCUGCGUGCGUCGGAUUAUAUGAUGCCUACUUUGCGCUACGCGCACGCGCACCAGUCAAACCUGGAAUCGACCGACCCGUCUUCAAUUUACGAUGCAGGUUACGGUCAACUUGCCUACGUGUGCACCCCGAAAGACGUCGUCAUCUGCCGCCUGCGCGAUGCUGACGACCGCGUACAGUGGGCAUUGGCAAGGAAGCAGUAUGGCCGAGCACUUGACGUGGCUCUGCAUGACCCACGAGCUCUUCGGCGUGUGGUGCUCACUGAUGUUAUGGAAACUUACCUUGGCGACUUGUUGCGCCAGAAGAAGUUCCAAAAGACCGCAGAGGAGAUUCAUCGACUUUUCACCGGUGGAGGCGAGGAAUACGAGAAGCUGUGGGAGAAGUACGUAUAUGUGUUUGCCCAGCGUGGGCAACUGAGUGCGAUCGCGCGCUACAUGCCGACGGCAAGCCCGCGGUUACCGAAGGUGCAGUAUGAAAUGGUGUUGAAGCACUUCCUGGACUCAGAUCCGGGUCAGCUCCUUGAGCUCAUCCGGAAGUGGCCGAAGCCUAGGCGGCAGGAUACACCUGCAGUAAAGCAGCAGUCGGAAGGGGAUGUCGCACCUGAGUACACUGAGACGACGCAUGUGUUUGAGCCACUGUACGAUGCGCAGGCAUGGAUUAAUCAGCUAGAGACAGUUGUGCGUCGUCGACGUAUCGCCGAAGCGGACGCAGAUCGAUUGAGUGUGGAGACGAUGUACCUGAUGGAGGCUCUGGCGGAGUUGUACACAGCCACAGAGCAGUAUGACCACGCGCUGCGUAUUUACCUGAGUCAAGGCGAGUUUUGCUCCAACAAGGACUUCGCAUUCAAGCUGAUCACCGAGCACCAGCUGUGGUCUCUCGUUGCCAACAAGGUGGUGAACCUGAUGCGCAUUGACAAGGCGAUUGCAGUGCGUAUGUUGGUCAACCAGACAGAGCAGCUCAAGAUCACCGACAUUGUUGCCCAACUUGAGGGCGAACCGGAGCUGCUGCACACGUAUCUGCACGAGCUCGUCUUGCAUCGCUUGGGCGAGUACAAUUCGGAGAUUUAUUCGGCAUUACACGAGAAGCAGGUUGCACUGUAUGCUGAGUUUGCACCGGAAUUCCUGCUCAAGUUCCUGCAGACAAGCAACUUCGUGCCAUUGGAGAAGGCCUACAAGUACUGCAGCCACCACACGCCUCCUCUUUGGGAUACGAUGAUCUACAUCUUAGGUCGCAUGGGCCAACACAAGAAGGCGCUAGACCUUAUCUUGACGCAGCGUGGCGACAUCAACCAGGCGAUCCAGUUUGUGCAGGACCACGAUGAGGGCCUAUGGGACUACCUCAUCGAUCUCAGUCUUACCAGCAAGGACAACGUGGAGGAGCUGCUGAAGUUCGCCUCGCAGCACAAGAUCGACCCGAUCAAGCUGAUUCGCAAGAUUCCUGACGACAUGGAGAUUGAAAACCUCAAGCAGAAGCUGAUCGCGAUCAUCACGAAUUACCGAGUCCAGCAAAACCUUUGCAUCGGCUCGCGCAAGGUGUUUGACAACGACCGGGUGGAGCUGCUCCACCGUCAAGUCGCAGCGCACAAGCGCGGACGGCGCGUAGCAGCGAAGAAGGCGUGCGCAAUUUGCAGUGAGCUGCUGCGCGCGCCGUCAUCCGGCAUGGAAACGGUUCACGCGUGCGUGUUCGAAUGCGGCCACUGCUACCACCUGCCGUGUCUCGAAGAGAAGAUGCGCAUGUGGAAGAGCGCCGAGGCGGUUGAGUCAGGCGAUUUGAACCGCGCGCUGGGCUGCUUCGUCUGCGACCACAGCACGCGCGCGUACGCUCGUUCCGGUGAUUUCAACCAGCAGAUCGCAGCGCUGACCGCGGCGCCAGCUCGAGGGGUCACGGAGGGCCAACUGCAGCGCGCCAAGGACAACCUCCUCAACAUGGCGAGCGUCGCGGAGUAGGUAUGGGUGCGUACAGGUCAAGAGAGUACUGUACAGCGAGCAGCAGUUUGUGUGAAAGGGUCCUAGCACGUGGUCGGAUGCACGUUUAACG